UCAGAUCGAAUUCAAAUUAUUUUUAAAUACGAUUUAACGAUGGCCAACCAAUCGAGUCUCUCUUGACUCUCGAGUCAAGGUCUAAUUGUGGAAUAAAAUUGGCUAAGUUGCAGUGUUUUCGAUGAAGAAGCCCAGGAAGCAGGAUGUUCAAAAACUGGAUUCUUAUUAUUCUGAUUUCUAUCUGUUUCCAAGUCCUUUUUGUUCACUGUAAAUCCCCUUCAAUCAUUGGUGUUCACCCACUUGAUGAGAGUUACUUUUCUUCAGAGAUUAUAAAGUGUAAAGAUGGGUCUAAAUCCUUCACCAGAGACCGUCUUAACGACAAUUUUUGCGACUGCAUUGACGGGACCGACGAACCGGGAACUUCAGCUUGUCCAGCAGGCAAAUUUUAUUGCAGGAAUGUAGGAAGUACACCUCAGUUCAUUUUCUCUUCUCGUGUUAAUGAUCAUUUUUGUGAUUGCUGUGAUGGAAGUGAUGAAUAUGAUGGCAGCUUCAGGUGUCCCAACACUUGUGUAAUGGGAGGGAAUAUUGAGUACAAACGUAGUACUUAUAUCUCCAUUGAUGCAAAAGAAUCAAAAAAUCAAGCUAAUUUGGAGGAUUUGAUUCAGAAGCUAGAAGGGUUGAAGAUAAUCUUACUUCUGCAAGUCGGUGUGGUUCUCAUUAGUUUUGUGAUGAUUGUUCGGAUAAUUCGUUACCGUUUUAGAUCUAGAAGAAAGCAUUAUAGUUGAGGGAGUUCAUCACCAGUUACUUCUUUGAUUCCUGGUUUCUUUUGAUGGAUGUAUAAUACAAUUAUAAACCAUGGUAAGGGAGAUUCAGACUGAAUUGGAGGUUGCUUGUCACUGUUUUUACAAAUAAUGCAUGUUAAUUUGUUAUUGAUGAAUGAACAUCCCACGGAUAAUUUGACAAUGCAGUAUAGAAACCUGUAUGAAUAGCUUUGUCUCAAUCGUGUCACUGAAAGAGAAUCAGUCUCAUUGACCAAAAA